AUGACUGUUUCAAGUCCAUUGCAACAGGACUCAGGGAUACCUUCCACACUUGAGAAGGCGGAGGAGUCUUUCCCAGAAGGGGGAUUGAGAGCUUGGCUUGUCGUAUUUGGCGCCUGGUGUGGCCUGCAAGUCCAGCUUGCCGCGCUAGGUAUUACCAACACGAUUGCAGCACUACAAGCUUACGUUUCUACUCAUCAACUGACCGGCAUUGGUGAGGACCGUAUAGGAUGGAUUUUCUCCUUAUAUACAUUCCUGUCCUUCUUUUGCGGUGUUUACAUUGGGCCCUUGUUUGAUAAGCAUGGGCCCAGGCUACUAGUGUUCAUUGGUAGUCUCUGCAUUAUAGGCGGCCUUAUGUUGUUAAGCAUCUGUCAUGAAUACUGGCAUUUUCUCGUCGUUUUCGGAAUUAUCAACGGCAUCGGCUGUUCGUUACUUUUCACACCGUGCCUGGCAGCUGUGGGUCAUUUCUUCCAGGCACGUCGUGGGCUUGCAACUGGCAUAGCUAGUAGCGGAGGAUCCAUUGGCGGCAUCAUAUUCCCUUUCAUGUUGCAGAGCCUGAUUCCCAAUCCUUCGCUUGGUUGGCCAUGGGCGCUGCGAAUCCUUGGAUUUUCAUGUCUUGUCCUGGUCUCCAUAGCUAACCUUCUUGUUCGGUCUCGAUUGCCAGGAUCGCAAAAUGCAAGUAUCCACCCUGAUAUAAGUAUUUUCAAAAAUAAGGUCUUCUUUUGGACCACCGUUGCGGUCUUUUUCAUGGAAAUGGCUCUUUUUAUUCCUCUGGGUUAUAUCAGCUCUUAUGCAUUGGCCCAAGGCUUCAGCGAGGAUUUCAGUUUUCAGGUUCUCAUGAUCAUGAAUGCUGGGUCCUUUUUCGGUCGUGCGCUACCCGGUUGGUGGGCUGAUCGAAUCGGACCAUUCAAUGCGAAUAUGCUUUCCAUUAUUUUGUCAGUGGUGGUGUGCUUUGCCGUGUGGCUUCCGUUUGGUCACACGCUGCCUGGAUUGGUCGUUUUCGCAGUCACGAUUGGAUUCGCUAGUGGCAACAACAUCAGCAUCACACCCGUGUGUAUCGGUAAACUCUGCGAAACUCAGCAGUAUGGGCGCUAUUAUGCCACAUGCUUUACAGUUGUCAGUCUAGCCUGCCUACUUGGAAUACCUUUGGGAGGAAAUUUGAUUACUGCUUGCGAAGGAAGUUAUUGGGGCUUAAUUGUAUUUACAGGCUGCAUGUUCACGGUCAGUUUGUGUACAUUUGCAAUUGCCAGAGGUCUUGGUGCAGGUUGGAGUAUAAACACCGUUUUCUAA